AUGCAAAGCUCGAUGCACAAGUUCCCGGUCAACCCCCGCCAGUCGUAUUCGGAGCGCAUGAUCGCUGCCCGUGCGCAGCUGCGCCAGCUCGUCAAGACGAAGCUAUGUGAGUACCACCGCUCCGCCGCCGCCAUCGCCGCCGCCAUCGCGCGCCCCGCGCCACCGCCGCUGACCCUUCCCCGCGCGCUCCCUCCCACAGGCGAGAUCACGGGCGACAUCCACGCGCAGAUGCGCUGGACGCGCCGCGCGUACAUGAAGGACAUCGUCGGCCGCUACCGCGUCCGCAUCGAGGGCUGGCCGCUCGCCGAGGUCCCGUUCAAGAACCUGAGCGACGUGACGAACCUGCCCAAGCUCGAGACGCUCUCCCGCGGCUGGCUCGCGGGCACGAUCUACUUCCGGCAGAUCACCGACGCCGAGUUCCGCCAGAUGCUCGAGGACCCCACACCCUGGGUCGGGCCCGAGGACGGCGCGACGGAGCACGAGCACGACGCGGAGGAGGGCGCCGCCUGA